UUCCCUGGUGAGGAAUACUAGUUGGUUUUUCUACUUGAUAAUUUUAGAGUUCAAAUAAACACCAGUAAGUUGAUAUUGGAAAUUUCUAACAAGAAAGCUUUAAUUUUCCUCCGCUGUCUGUAGAGAAACGUGUGCAUUCAUGCUGGUGCUGUUUAUGCAGGAGAGGUCAAGCCAUGGCUGGUUUGCUCUUAACACAAACACUUGGCCACGGAGCCUCCUUUGCCAGUCGGUGCCCACCCCGUGCACUCCAAUGCACUGCCCUAAAUAAGGUGUUUCAUUUCUCCCCUCAGCCUGAAGUCCACAUGGAAACCUUGUAAGUUUCUCUUUUUAGACUUUCUUUCCUUUUUUGAUACUUGUUUUUGUGUGGAAAAUCCCAGUAAAGGUAAUGGUAAAUGUCCUGCCAUUCACAUGACCGUGGAAAAUAAGUAUGCUAAGGCCUAACUCACACGGUAGCCUUGCAUGAUGCUUAGCUGAUGUCCAGGAGAACACUUUGUUUAGCUUGAUAACCUGACUUUGUUUUAAUGUCUUCUCUUUUUAACACAUAAGGUGUGUGGUUCAUAAUUGCUUUCUGGUUUUUUAGUGGUGUGAUCUAAUUUCUGCAAGCUAAUUUUGGAAUGCUCUACACCAUGUUACAAGUACACAAAAGUGUGUUAGUUUUGAGCUCGGCUGGGAAGCAGGAAAGGAACAACUUCUUGAUUGCUAAAUGAAAAUGCAGAAAUGCAAGCAGGGAGAAUGUGCAAUAAUUCGUCAAACUUUGAGGAUGUCACUUGGCUCCUGAGAAUUUGUAGAUAAUGGACCAGUGGGGAAGAUACAUUGUUCAUAAUGCUGAAAUACUCUGGUUUCUGUGUUUCUAGGAAGGUAAGGUGGUGGCAUGUGCAGAUUGUGCGCUCAGGUGACUGCAUUGUCACCUUCUGUGACAAACGGGGCCCUUUUCUGUAGCAAGAGUCAUUUGGAUCAGUAGGGAUGGGGAAAAUAGGGCCUCCAAAAAAGCAAAGCAAUUGCUGCAGAAAAUCUGAAUCUGAAAUUUAAGACUUAAAUACUUGUGUCAUAUUUUCAGAGCAUAAAGAACUGACAUUGGAGAUGUUUAUGUAUUCAUUAUAUGAUGGGAAACCAUGAAGUAGUCAUCAUCAUAUCAGCUCCAAAAUACUAAUGAAACUUCUGUGACAAUCAGCUGGAGUGUUCCCCUUUUUAUACACCUCAUCCGUUCGCCAUUCCUUGCUGCAAAUGCGAUUUGAAGCAAACCUGGGUUUUCUGUGCUGUGAACUGUUGUGAGCCCCUGAGGCAGGCAGGGGCAGAGCAGCAGAGGCUGGCAGGAGGAGGUGAUGCCUGAGGAGUUGGGCUCCAAGGAGGAUGCUGGCAUUGCCUGCCAAAGGUGACUCUCCUGGAACACUUGGAGACUUUGACAGCGGUUCUGAGACCACCCAUGGCUCCCAGGCCAGCUCUAAUUUUUAUUAUACCAGUGAAAUUUCUGAGUUGUUUUGUGCUUUGAAGAGUUUUAAGGAUUCCUGCUGAUGCUUUUCCUGAGGGAAGCCAUGCCCUACCACAGAGUCCUUCGCCUGGUCCUGCUAACGCUGUGCAGCAUCCUGGUCCCUGCUGUGCUGGCAGCAGAGUACCCGCAGGACGCGGUCCCCACCCUCUGGAACGAGCCGCCCGAGCUGCCCUCUGGAGCCGGUCCCUUCGACGCUGCCACCAGCACCUCCCGGCUGUCGGAUGCCACUGCCUUCCCCCCGUACACCUCGGAGCUGGAGCCCGAGGACACCACGCACCUGCACCGGCUGGACACCGGCGACGGCUCACUGGGGCCCGGAGCUAUUGGUGCCAUUGUUAUUGCCUCCCUCCUGGGUACGUCUGUGCUUGUGGCCUUGGUCGUCAUCACACUGAGAAAGUUCUCGGCCUCCUGAACUCAAUAAAACAUUUUUCUGUUACACAACCGGCCUGUCUCCAGC